AUGGUUGCCAUCCGAUCCACUCUCUCCGUCGCCGCUCUCGCCGCUGUCGUCCAGGCCGCUGGAAACCCCAUCAUCGCCUCUAUCGCCAACGACGUUGUCGAGGGUAUUGCUGCCGCCAAGACCGACGACUCCCUCUCUGACGCUGAUGCCACCUCCGAGAUCCAGGCUGUUGUUGACAUCGUCACCAACAACCCCGAUGUUGGCGCUCUCUUCACCGCCGCUGUCCCCGUUAUUGCCAUCGGCCUUGACGAGACCAACUUCCCCUCUCUGCUCGACGCUGCCUCCAAGACUCUUGAUGUCUUUGAGGGUUCCGACGACUACAAGAAGGCUGUUGAGGGCUUCAACGCCGCCUUUGAGCACUACGAUGUCCCCCAGGCUCUGUCCAACAUCAUCUCCAACAUCGGUGCCGUUCUCGCCAUUGUUACCCCCUCUCUCCCCUCUCUGACCCCCGAGUUCUCCGACAAGUGGGAGACCGCCACUUCUCGAGUUCUCGAGCUCGCCACCUCUCUUGGUAUCCUCGGUGGAGGAAAGCCCAAGGUUGCUGAGGCCACUUCUGCUGCUGCCGAGGCCACCUCCGCUGCUGCCGAGGCCACCUCCGCUGCUGCCGAGGCCACCUCCGCCGCCGCCGCUCCCUCUUCUUCUGCCGCCGCCGCUAAGGAGUCUUCUGCUGCCCCCGCCAAGGAGUCUUCUGCCGCCCCCGCCAAGGAGUCUGCUGCCCCCGCCAAGGAGUCUGCUGCCCCUGCCAAGGAGUCUGCUGCCCCCAAGGAAUCUGCUAAGGCUUCCGCUGCUCCCGCUGCCGCCUCCAAGGCUCCCCAGCAGGCCAACGGUGCUUCUGCCUUCAACGUCCAGCUCGCCGCUGGUGUCGCCAUUGUUGGUGCCGUUGCCGCUCUCAUCUAA